AGUCCCGAUUGUGAGUCUUACCGGUAACAAACAGAUCCCGGAUGUUGGAGAGGCGGUUAGCAUGGUGAAGUGUGUGGUUUCUGGGUGUCCGAACCGCGUAGCUCACUACACCCGGGGGGCCUUCCAGCCACCCCCCAAGAGGUUCUUCAGCUUCCCCAAAGACCCGACUCGGGUCCAGGUUUGGCUGGCCGCCCUGAGGGAGACGCACAGGCAGGACUCUGGAGAGGAGCUCUUAAUCUGUGAAGACCACUUCCUGCCGGAGGACAUCUGCAGAAAGGGAGUCACCAGUGAUGCCAUUCCCCUCAUGCCCCCUUACCUGGAUGGGCAGCUGGGUCUGCUCAGCGCCUGGGAGGUCGAUUCCUCCGAGGAAGACGAGCAGUGGCACGCCGGAGGCUGCAGUAACGACAGAGAGGAAGAUGAAUUUAGAGAGGAACGUCCGACUGCACCGAAUCCACGGCAGCAGGGUCCGGGCUGGGAUUGGGACGAUCCUGCCGGGGCUGACAAUAUCAGUGCUUCCCUCCAGCAGAGCAGCGAGCACGGCAAACCUCUGGGCUCGUUGACUCACGGUUUCCUGGAGCUGCUGCUGGCAGCUCCUGACGGCUCCCUGGACGUCAGGCAGGUGGCCGCAAACCUGCAGACCUCUGUGCAGCAAGUGCACGCCAUCGCCAGGGUCUUGGACGGCAUCAGCCUCAUCCAGAGAGAGUCGGCCCACAAGAUCAAGUGGAUAGGUUGGAGCUCCAUCUCCAGCUUCCUGUGGAGGAACCAGCAGAAGUUCCAUAGAGAGAUUCAGAAGCUGAAGCUGGUGGAGGAAGCGCUGGACGGCUUUAUCAGAAGCUGUGCCCAGCAGCUUUUCAGCCUUACGGACGACGUGGAAAACUCUUCAUAUCCUUCCAUGUGGGACUGAGGUCAGAGGUCACCCCUCUCAGAGGCCGUCAGCCUCUCGACAGGUCGCCGUCCUCCAGCUCCUCAUGCGAGCUCCAAACAUGUGCCGAGUCUGGCCCAGGGUGUCCUGUUGAGCCCAUUUUCCUGGAUUAUUA